AUGUCUCUCUACCGCAUCGGCGUCGAUGUAGGCGGCACUAAUACCGAUGCUGCCCUUCUGGACAUCACCGCCACAGAGAUGCCGGGUCGUGGCGUGCUUGCUUCUCACAAAGCCUCGACAACUCCGGACAUCACCAGUGGCAUCGAAGCAGCUAUUCGUUCUGUGCUUGAAAAGUCCGCAGCCGACCAAAAGAGAGUUCUCAGCGUAACGAUAGGCACAACUCAUUUCAUUAAUGCCCUGGUUGAGGCCGACAGCAGAAGACUCAGUCGUGUGGCUGUCAUUCGUCUAUGCGGUCCCUUUACGAGGCAAAUUCCUCCGUUCUCAGACUUUCCUUCUGGUCUGCGUCGGAUUCUCGAUGGUGGAGUCUACUACCUCGACGGAGGGUUGGAGAUCGACGGCCGUGAGAUUGCACCCCUCAACCAUGGGCAAAUCAGGCAGGCAACAAGAGAUAUUGUGGCCUCGGGAGUCAAUUCUGUAGCCCUGGUCGGCGUCUUUGCGCCCUUGGAUCAUGCAGGCAUCCACGAAGAGACAUGCAAGAAGAUCAUCUUGAAGGAGGCCCCUCAUUUGGAUGUGGUAUGCUCCCACGACAUCGGCCCACCCGGCCUCCUCGAGCGAGAGAACGCCACAAUCCUCAACGCGGCCAUCCUUAAAACAGCACACAAAGUCACUCGCGGCUUCAAGACCGCUAUGGCACGGCUGAAGCUGACAUGUCAAUUGUAUCUUUCGCAAAAUGACGGCACACUCAUCGACGCCAACACGGCAGCCGAAUACCCCAUCAAGACCUUCGCCAGUGGCCCGACGAACAGCAUGACAGGCGCCGCGUUUCUGGCAGGGUUAGAUCGGGUCAAGGCUAUGACCAUAGAUCCCACGGAAUCUCCGAAAGAAAAAGGCUUAGAGCCUCAGAUUCUGGUUGUGGACAUCGGAGGCACAACGACAGACGUCUGUGCCCUAUUGCCGUCAGGCUUCCCUCGCCAGGCGCCUGGGUUUGUCGAGGUCGGCGGUGUGAGAACCGCUUUCUCGAUGCCGGAAGUCGUGUCGAUUGGCCUCGGUGGUGGAAGCAAAGUCAAGACAGAGUCGGAAUUCGGGGACGUGACGGUCGGACCGGCAUCUGUUGGGCAUUUCUUGACGGCGCAGGCGAGGGUUUUCGGCGGCCCAACGCUUACUGCUACCGAUAUUGUGGUCGCUUCAGGCAAAGCUCAGCUCGGAGACGCAAGCUUGAUCAAGGAUGUGCCGAGUUGGACUGUUGAAAAAGCAGGGCAAAGGAUCAAGAAGAUGCUUGAGAACGUCAUCGAGCAGAUGAAAGUCUCCGCAGCCCCGGUACAUGUUCUGCUAGUCGGUGGCGGUGCCCUCCUUGUUACAGAGGAUCUGGAUGGAGUUGAGAAGUGCAUCCAGCCGAUCCAUCAGGGAGCUGCCAAUGCUGUCGGUGCAGCCAUUGGUAAAGUCUCUGGCGAGGUCGACGUCAUCGAGAUCCUGGAAGGCAGAGACGAGAAGGCCGUAGUCGCAUCAACCUGCCAGAAAGCCAUCGACGUCGCCACCCAAAAGGGCGCAGCAGUUGAAGACGUACGGGUUGUAGAGGUGAACAAGAUGCCUUUGCAGUACGUCGACAAUGGCGCAAUGCGAAUACAAGUCCGAGCGGUCGGCAAGCUCUGUGUGCCUGAGAAGCCCGAGUUGUCCCACGAAGCCGGAUCUGGCAUAGAGGACGAGCAGAGGGAAAAUGAGACGUCCAAAGAAAGUGUCCCGGAUGCCCUUCAACCUACUACGAAGCCCUCGCUGUAUGUAGAUCUCGAGAGCUACCGACCCAACGUUGAAAGUGGUGUGUGGUAUGUGUCAGAGGUUGACCUUGAGUUAAUAUCGACUGGGUGUGGUGUUCUAGGCACCGGCGGUGGAGGACCGACUCACCACGAAUUCCUUAAGAGUCUUCAUGUGCUUCGCACCAGUGAGGCUGGGAAGAUGAGGAUAAUCUCACCCAAGGCGCUGGCAGAUAGCGACAUGGUGUGUUUUGGGUCUUGGUACGGCACGCCAAGCGUUAUCAAUGAGAGGAUAGCGGGGGGCAGUGAGAUACCCAACGGAAUCGAUGCCAUAAGGAAGAUCCUAGGCAACGUCCCUAUCGAUGGCGUUUUCAUCGAUGAGAUUGGAGGCGGAAACGGCCUUAGUGUCUUCCCGACAGGCGUUCACUAUGACAUUCCGGUCGUGGACGGUGAUACCAUGGGCAGGGCAUAUCCUACGAUGUACCAAGCCACGUUAAGUGUCUACGGCCACCCGCUGACGCCCUGUGCUUUGUCCGACGCAAGGGGAAACGUCUCGGUCGUGAUGGAUACCGACACUCCGGUCCGUCUGGAGCGUUUCUUACGCACGGCAGCCAUAGAGCUUGGACUCGGGUGUGCCGUUUGCGCGAGACCUCUGCCAGGGUCAGCUAUCAAGUCCCAUGGUGUUCACAAUACGUUGUCUCAAGCUUGGUAUCUCGGUCGUGCGGUCCACAUGGCGCGGAGGAAAAAAUCAAGCUUUGUGGAUGCCAUUUUUGACGUUUGCGCCGGGAAGCUCCUGUUUACCGGCAAGAUCAUUGACGUGCGACGAUACGUCGGUGGUGGCUAUACUAUGGGCAGCGUUCUCAUCGCCCCGCUGGGCGACGAGGACAAGAACUCGGAUGCCCAAAAGCACACCUCGGACGACCAGUACAUGCUUAUUCCUUUUCAGAAUGAAUAUCUUUAUGCAGCGCUCACGGAUUCGGAAGGAUCAGAAAGCGGUCAGGAAGUUAUCUGCACAGUGCCAGACCUCAUCUCCAUUCUCGGCCAGGACGGGGAGGCCAUCGGGUCCCAGGACCUUCGGUAUGGUUUGCGUGUUAGUGUCAUCGCACUGCCAGCCCACCCUCUUUGGAAGACGGAAAAAGGCUUACCUGUGGGAGGGCCGAAGGCAUUUGGGUUGGACAUGCCCUUUGUUGGAGUUGGGGAGUACACAGAACCGAGGAGUGUCAUUGAGGAAUUUGGUCGUUGA